AUGUCAAUCAAUCAGCCACCACAAGUACUCUUCUUCGACGUAUUCGGCACAGUCGUGGAAUGGCGGUCCUGUGUCACCAAGGCUCUGCAAGAUGCAGCUGAACGAGUCGCCCGCGAGCCCGGCAGAACCGUCACCCCAGACGUGCGAAACAUCGUAUCUUCAAUGACCACCGACGACUGGCAGAAUAUUGUCGAAGAAUGGCGCAAGUCAUACAGCCAAUUCACCAAGUCUUUCGAUCCCUCCAAAGGCUUCACCUCCGUCGACCAGCACCACUAUGAGUCCCUACUGGAGCUACUCAAACAACGCAAUCUCGAAUCUCUCUUCACAGACGAGGAGAGAUGGGAUCUAGCUCUCUCCUGGCACAAACUUGAGCCAUGGCCCGACAGCGUCCGAGGACUUGAGCGGCUCAACCGCAAAUUCCGAACAUGCACGCUGUCGAACGGCAACAUUGCCCUGCUGGAAGACCUUCGGCGGAAUGGGUCGUUGCCGUUUACCGAUAUCGCCAGUGCAGAGCACUUUGGUGCCUACAAGCCCUCACCCAAGGUGUACAAUGGCGCGGCUAGAAAGUUUGGUGUGAAACCGUCGCAGUGUGCGAUGGUGGCGUCGCAUUUGGGGGAUCUCAAAGCGGCAAAGAGUCAAGGGUUUCAGACGAUUUAUGUAGAGCGGCAGCGGGAGGAGGCAGUCCUGUAUGAGCCGGAAGAGGAGGCGCAAAGGGAGGGAUAUGUGGAUAUGUGGAUCGAUCUAGAAUUUGACCCUCAAACUGACAAAUACGCCGAUUCAGACGGCCAUUUCCGGCGAAAAGAAUCCAUCUUUCGCUCCUUCAUCUCCCACGAUCCCACUGCGGACUUGUCAGCAGAAAGAGGCCGCUACAUUCUCUAUCUAGGACUUAGCUGUCCCUGGGCUCAUCGAACCAACUUGGUCCGCUCCCUCAAGGGUCUAGAAGACAUCAUCGAACUGGUCAUCGUAGACCGAAAACAGGGCCCGGAUGGAUUGACUUGGGGGUUUGAGGAGAAAGAGCCCUUGUAUGGAUUCACCCUGCUGCGAGAGUUUUAUUUCAAAGCAGACCCGCAGUAUGAAGGAAGUAUCACGGUCCCAACGCUUUGGGAUAAGAAGAAGGAAACGGUUGUGAGCAAUGAGAGCAGUGAUAUCAUCCGCAUGUUCUAUACAGAAUUUGACCAUCUCCUUCCCGAGGAGCUGCGCGAGGUUAAUCGACCCGGGGGAGGAUUCUAUCCGGUGCAACUGAGAGAGGAUAUUGACGUGCUGAACGCGUGGGUAUACGACAAGAUCAACAACGGAGUGUAUAAGACGGGGUUUGCCACGACGCAGGAGGCAUACGAUGCGAAUGUAUAUCCGCUAUUCGAGGCGCUGGAUCGAGUGGAAGAUCAUCUGGGCCAGGCAGGACACCAGCCGUAUCUCUUUGGUGAUAAUAUCACCGAGGCCGAUAUCAGACUGUACACGACCAUUGCCCGGUUUGACGUGGCCUAUUAUUCCAUCUUCCGGUGUAACCUGAAGAUGAUUCGGUAUGAUUACCCACGGAUUCAUCUUUGGUAUCGCAGGUUGUAUUGGGAUGAAUCGGAGAGAACCAGGGGAGCUUUCAAACAGACGACAUUUUUUGAUAUCGUGAGUGACGCAUCGUGCGUGGUUUGA